GCUGGACACUUUCUAGAUCCUCAAAGCACUGAGAUAGUGGGUGGUGCUCCCCAGCAUGAACAGACUGGUAAAGUAAGGGUUAACACCACCACCACCAACCUCAUCUGAUUAUUAGAACAGACCACAUUUUGAAUGUCACAGUUCUCUAGUUUGGUUAGACUGUUUGACACAGCCUGUAGGUUUUUAUAGCUUAAUAGCAAUCUUCAGAAUACACUAUACUGAAUAUCAGUAGUUGUGCAUUAAUGGAAUUAGAUAUGAGACCCUCUUGACAUCUAUACUCUGUAGGCAGUUGCGAACGGUAAAACGGUUAAACUGAACUCUUCUUCCAUCUGUGCGGAAGAGGAAGUAGGUUUUUAUUUGCAGAUGUGCUGAGUUUGCAGUGUUUAUGAGUUUUGUGAGUAACGUUAUGGUGUCUGAUGAUUUUACCAAAGAAACAGAGACUGGAAAAAAACUUAUCAGCCUACAUAUUCAGGAUUGAGGGUAACACUUUGAAAAUCGUUGCCAAAACCAAAGGCAAGGAGCUUGGCUCUUAUUAUGGAGCUAGUGUAUGUGCUGUUGACCUGAAUGCAGACGGACUGUCCGAUCUGCUGGUUGGGGCUCCUAUGUUCAGCUCAGUGAGGGAGGAGGGACGUGUUCAUGUCUACAUAAACCAGGGAGAGGCUAAAUUGAAAGAGGCAGACUUUGAGUUAGUUGGAAGUGACUCUUACGCAGCACGUUUUGGAGAAACCAUCAUGAACCUUGGUGAUAUUGAUGAUGACGGAUAUCCAGAUGUGGCCAUCGGAGCCCCUCAGGAGGACGAUCUGCAUGGUGCUAUAUAUAUCUACAAUGGGAGGAGAAGUGGUAUUGCACAGAGUUUCUCUCAAAGAAUAACGGGCUCUUUGUUGGGCGACAACUUCAGGAUGUUUGGCCAAUCAGUGUCUGGAGGAGUUGAUGUUGAUAGCAACAAUUACCCAGAUGUUGCAGUGGGAGCUUUCCUGUCAGACUCAGCUGUGGUGUUCAGGACGCGUCCAGUAGUGAAGGUGGAUGCUGUCAUGUUGCUGCCUGAGAGCUUGAACCGGUCCAUAGCCCAGUGCACUGAAAACGGUCUUCCUGCUGUAUGUGUCAAAGUUAAGGUGUGCUUUAGAGUCGGAGGGAAACAAAUCCCAGGAAAUAUAGAGCUGAAGUACAACAUAACAGCUGAUGUUCACCACAAAGAUGGCUUCCCUUCCCGAUUUUAUUUCAGUGGAAACGGCACAUCCAAUGUUACAGCCGGCAGAGUGAAGGCCAAGCAUGAGCAGCUCACUUGUGCCACCCAUCAGGCCUUCAUGAAGAAAGACGUCCGGGAUAUCUUCACACCCAUUCAUUUUGAGGUGAUAUAUAAACUUGGAGAGCACCGCGUGCUACAGAGAGACUCCGGGGGCUUGCCUUCCCUCAAACCCAUUCUACAGCAGAAGGAUGAGCAUGGCAACGUUGUGAAAAACAAUACCAUCUUUGCCCGAUAUUGUUCCUGGGAAAACUGUUCGACCAACCUGCAGGUUUCUGCUCAUCUGGUUUUACCACAGUCCUACAGGAACAUGCCAUACUUUGCCCUGGGUAAUGGAAAAAGCAUCAUGUUAAACACCACACUGGUCAACAUCGGAGAUGAUGCUUUUCUACCCAAACUUUACCUGAGGUUUCCCAGCAACCUGCAUUUCAUCAAAGUGCUGGAGGAAGAUAAAUACAUCAGCUGUGAAAUCGCAGAGGAGAAUAAAGUGGCCAUUGGACUGGACUGCAAUGUUGGGAAUUUAUACAUCCCCCCUUUCUCAAAGAUCAACAUCACCUUUUUAUUGGAUGUGAUGCAGAACAGCAGCGCUGGAAACCUUAGCAUUAACAUCAAUGCGACGAGCGAGAACUUUGAGAACACAGAUCUUCAGCACGACAAUGUGGCUGUUCUUAAGUUGCCCUUGAGAUAUGCAGUUGACCUCAAUGUUCACGGAUUUGUCUCUCCGACUUCAUUUCUGAUUGGAGAACAAGAGUCGGUGCCGGUCGACUGCUAUCCUGAGAAGUUCAAUUAUACGUACAAGGUGAUGAAUAUGGGUCCUAGUAAAGCUUGUGAUGCGAGACUAAAGAUCGGCUUGCCUCUGAUGCUGGUGCCAUACAAAUACCAGCUAAUCAGGAUCACCGAUUUACAGACAACUCUUGGGCAUUGCUUCCAGAGGAACAAUUCAGUACAGAUUAUUGAUGACUGUGACAUCCCAGAAGCUUCCUUUAUUCAAGAACUUGUAUUCUUUUUCUCCCCAAAAAGCAAGCGCAUCAUGUUCUGUGGUCCUGAAGAUAAGACCUGCAGGAUGGUGGAGUGUCACUUCGGUGACCUGGAGGUUGGAAAGGAAGUUACCAUCACUAUGGAAGUGGAGCUCAACCCCAGGGUUCUCCAGAUGAGUCCAGGCAGACACGCUGUCAUGAUGGUACGUGGCAUGAUUGACCUUAUUUCACCAGUGAAGGAUGCCGACACCAUCCUACUUCAGGACGACGUUUCUGCUAGAGUGUCCUUGGAGGCUCUGUACAGCAAUAAGCCUGUGAUGGCUGUGCAGAUUUUUCUAAUAGUAUCCAGUCUGAUCGUUGGACUGAUGAUUUUAGCACUGCUUGUCCUUGCCCUCUGGAAGCUUGGAUUCUUUGAGCGGAAGUUGAAGGAGGAGAAGUUUGACCAGGACAGUUGGGACUAUGUACCUAAGAAAGAGAGCGUGUCAUAAUAUGGGAUUUACACCACAAACAAAACCAAUCAGAAUGGAAGGGACAAGCCAUGAAGGACUACUGCUCUGUUGUCACCAAGAGCUGGACUAAUGACCGUAAUGGCUGAGAACAUUCAUCACAAAGCGAUGAAGAGUACAAAGACUGUCAAAAGAAUCUGCAUUUUCUGUCAGCAGGAUGAAGCCAAUGCACUUUAGAGAAUGGAACAUACUACAUGAGCUCAAUGAAUCGCUCCGGGACUGUGCCAAGGGAGAAAAGGAUUCAGAAUGUACUGUCGCUACAGAACGUUACGGCUCUGUUCCAAAACCUAGUGAGCAACCUAUGUAGGCAGCAUUACUUUGGAGGCGGUUCCUCAAGGUAGGAAGCGUGACCAAAUUUUAAGGCAGCGUUACAAUUUAUAAGGUGCUAUUUGAGUUCGGAUUCUGCCUUAACAGCUGCCUAUUUAGGCUGUAGACAGCAAGGCAGCUCACUAGGUUUUGGAACGGAGCCUAAGUGUUUCAUCACAGGUUUGCCUAUGAUCACUGAACAUAUUGGCUGAUGGCCUGCUGUAGAGUAGAAAUUGCACUGCUGUAGCUUUUCUUACUAAGGUUAUUCCUGUGUUUAUCUGAAGAGAGGCUCGCUCUUUUACGCCCGCAAGUUAGUAUACCCUCCACAGAGGUGACCCAGGAUUUUCUGGCACUUUCCAUCACCCUUUCCGAAGCAGAACAUUGCUGCGAUAGGGGUUUUCACACCUUUGCAUCACUGCAGUAUCGGUUCUUCUUGCAAAAAAGGAGGAAAUGACAUGCAUUCUCUCUCUCCUCCCAAACUCUCGCUGCUGAGUUCACUAGUUAGAAGUUUAACUGAGACGCCAGAUGGAAGGAGCGAGUGUUUGCUGUGUGCUCUGGCUGGGUGCCAUGGAAACGGGGCAAAGGAGGCUGCUGUUGUGUGUCUAUUACUGCGCUACAGAAGAGUGACAGGAUUGGCAUGUGUCUGGCUCCCAGCCAUUGCUUAAGAGUGUGUGUGUGUUCAUUUAUAGGACAUGAAAUCCACAAAUAUACAAAGCACCAUUACCGCUCACUCAUAUGCAGGUCCAUAGCGAAUCCGCACGUGCAGAAAGCUCUCGGCAAAAUUCAAAUGUUCAAUGCAAUAUAUAUUUAAGGUUAUAAUUGAAAACAUCAGCACUGAGUAAUUUUUUUAAUAGAUAAAAAAUAGGACAAAUUUGAGAGAGAAAAAAAUCUAUACAAUUACAGAGAAAGUUCGUUUUUGUAUUUUUUCAAUUAAAUUGAAUUUCCCAAAACUGAUUAUCAUGUCAAAUGUGUCAUCAUAUGCAAAAUGAUUUUUGGUGCUGUUAUAAGAAACAAAAACUAAAACGUACUGACAUUUUAUGAAUACAGUUUUUCCUAAAUAUUCAAACAAACAACAAAAUU